AAUGUAGCAAACAGCGGAUAGGUACAUAACAUAGAACUACCAACCCUACGAGCUUCCGUUCACGUAGCCAUAAUUAAAUUGUAGGUUAAUAGCUCACAUAAAGUAGGAUAGAGACAGCUAUUAAAAACUGCCGCCUAGAUAAUACCUGUGCAGUACACCGGCUGAACUAGCCAGACGUGAUUAUAAACUGAAAGACGAUACCCAAUACCUAAACGCAACAUGAACGCAGAUAAAUAAAAUCCAUCUACAUUCUAGCAAAUAAAAUGCACUUAUAGUUUUCACUUACCAGGUCGUUGAUCGUAACAUUUCCGUCACAAAUUGAUUUUUGUAUGUGCAGUAGCACAAAAAUAGCUUCCCGGGUGUCGCUGCGUGCGCGCGCCAGUAGGAACACCACCGCCGCACGCCCAACCCGUUCCGCCCUACACCACAAAUACACCGCUUCUUACGAAGACCAUAUCACCUAGUAUUUCGUCCGAUGUGAUUAUAGUGCAGUACCCAAGUGAUUAUGAUAAUAAAAAUGAAAUGUCGGGAGCACGUGAAAUUUGAGUGGUACAAGUGAUUGGAUAAAGUCCAAGUGUAUUGUGUGUCGUUUAAACAAGGGCUCUUGCCCUUUGAGUUUGAUCAUAAGAGAAUGCGUUGUUUGUGGCAUCCAACAUGAAUAAUGGUUCGAGGAGAGCCCUAACCGGCUCUAUUCAUAAAAUCAGAGAGUUCGAAUUAGAAAAAGUGAGCCUCGUAGAAGAGUUUGACAUAUUACAGAUCGUUGGAGAAGGAUGGUUUGGAAAGAUUUUGUUGGUCGAGCACAGGGCUUCCGACACCGAGAUAGUGUUAAAAGCCUUACCGAAACCUUAUGUGUCAAUUAGAGACUUUUAUAGAGAAUUUCACUACAGUUUACAUUUAAGUGCGCACAGAAAUAUUGUGACUACAUUCGAUGUAGCGUUCGAGACAGCAGGAUUCUAUGUGUUCUGCCAAGAAUAUGCUCCACUAGGUGACUUAACGUCGAAUAUGCUUGACACCGGUAUCGGUGAAAUCCACACAAAAAGAGUAGCCAAGCAGUUGUCGGCUGCAUUAGAACACCUUCACCAAAGAGACUUAGUACAUCGAGAUGUGAAGCUCGAUAACAUCCUUAUUUUCAAGUCUGACUUCUCAAGAAUUAAAUUAUGUGAUUUUGGAGAAACUAGAAAAGUACAGUCUGUAGUUAGAAGACGGAACGAGUGGUUACCGUAUUCACCUCCUGAAGUUCUUAAAUUAUCCAUGGACAGUAGUUAUAAAGCUUUAAUUACCCAUGAUAUUUGGCAAUAUGGAAUUGUUAUUUUUAUCUGCCUUACUGGAUGUUUGCCUUGGCAGAAAGCUGCUUUCGAUGACCCCCGAUACACAAGCUACUUUAAUUGGUAUAGCAGCUCGAAUCCACUUAAAAGACAACCUAAAUUAUGGAAAAUGGUUUCUUCGAGAGCGCAGAAAAUGUUCAAAAAGUUCAUUGAACCAAGAGAAGAGAGACGGUCAGCGAACUUUUUGGAACUGCCACGUUUUUUGGACGACCGAUGGCUUGGUAAAGGAUAUACCGAUAGAGUCCCUGGCGAAGACAUCGACGAGCUUUGCCCAUCAAUGUACAGUUUCCAUAGCGAUCCAAAUGAAAAGAAUAUUCUCCUGAAACAUUUUAGAGACAAUGGUAUAGAAACUACAGUGGACCGGCAUGCAAAGAAACAAAGGAUUCGCGAUUGGAUACAAAACAGCGUUAUUGAAGAAGUUGACGAAGAAGAGGAGGAAGCAGCAUUUGAAGACAGUGAUGAAGAAUUGGAACACAGAACAAGAGAUCAUCCGAUCGAUGAAAGUCACAGAGUAACUCUACGCUAUGACACUGAGAAACACAUUAAUCCGAGAACGGGCGAAGUUAUUGAUGGUGUUAAGCAUACACAACCAGAAAGAAACCCAUUGUCCUAUGACGUACAAAACAUAGAACCCGUGGCUCCAGCAAAUGUUGUGAGAAGAUACGGAGUUAAGGAAGAAGGCUCAUCUCACAGCUCCACUAAGGACAGUGCAUACGGAUCCAUGGAAGUAAAAGUAAAUAAACCAGUUCGACUGUCUCAUAAAGCCGAAACCAAACCAGUCCCAUCAGUAGAAAGUGUGCAAAACAAUUCACCCAGUAGAUCAUUAAGUUCUGCAUCGAUUAGUCAAAAUAGAUCGCCACUGACAUCGCACGCUCAAAGAUUUCAAAGAAGUGAAGAGGUAUAUUCGAAGGAAUUAGAGAGUCUGAAAGGCAGUACUUCCACUCUCCACUCGUUACCAAACUCCUCUAGGUCCAACAGUCUGCAAGUGACUCAAAAUAAUUCCUUUGAUAGCCCUUCAGUUACAAGUACUCAGACUCCGCCAAAACCGGAGAGCGUAAGUCUGUCUAGACCUCACAAUCCUGUAGUAACGCAGAACGGAUUUAGUCCUGGAUCGAAAAAUGGGCAGUCGUCUAACCAGAGUAGCCAAGGAUAUGUUUCUUUAAAGCAUACAGUGUAUGAUAACAUAAAUACUAGAAGUGACAGUAGUGUCACAGGUGAGAACAAUCUUUCUCAAAGCAAAAACCAAACGCCGGAAAGCCCUUACACAUCGAUGUUAAAUAUUGUACAAGGCCAAAUGAAAAUAAAUCCUCACGCUACUGACACAAAUAGAAAUACUAUUAAUGUUUCAAUUUCACCAGUAAAUCGUAAAAAAUAAAAGAAUUGCUCAAAUAUUGUAAUGAAUUCUAUUUUGCUACAAAUUUCGAACAGGCUUAGUCUUGGACUAAGAUUUUUGUUCUAAGAGAGUAUGUUGCAUGCAGUCGGUAGAGCAAACAACAUUCUAAAAUCCCGGCUAUGCCAGCUUGUACCCAGUCAAGUCAUUUCUUAGCAUUUCCAUUUUAUCAUUAGAUUGCCUUUAAAACAAAUCUUGCAUGAAAAUAAAGGACUUACCUGUUUGCGAUGUUAAUUUCAUGUAUUAAAUCUCAAAAUACUCUCGAAUCUACAUGCACGUAAACAG